UAGUUGGAAUCAGGUUAAAAUUAACCACAACAAAAUCAUUUCAAAAGAGUAUAGCUGAGUAGAAUUUGGAAGUAACGAAUAAAGUUGCUCGGAAAAUGCAAACAUAUCCAUUAUUACACAUGUGAGAAUGUGUGCAAACAGCAUGAGAUGAGGAGGAUCGAUAGCGAUGAAAACAACGGCACCAACAGCUGCUGUAGGAUCGACAACGAAUGGCCAAAUGAAAAUUUUAUAGGCCGAAAGAGAGAAAAUUUUCGUUUUUCAUUUUUAAUACAGAAUUUUAGUUUAUUUUUAGAAAACUCAAAUAUGCAUAUAUUUCUUUGGGCCGCUUUCUUAAAAAGAAAUUCUUUCACGUGUACGAAAGACGUGUUCUUGUUCAGUCGAAUUGUUUUUCGGUACCGAUUGUGAUAUUUAAUAAAAUAGUUUAUUAAAACUUAAAAUUACAGUUAAUUUACUAUAAAAGAAUAACGGAUGUGGCAUGUAUAUAUGUAGCACGUUUGGAAACCUUCUGUGAAUGCAUCAGACUUCAAGUGAGAGAUUUUGUCUAAUUUUACAGCCAAAAGUGAUAUUGUGAAAUUUCAGCAAAAUGUGUUCAUUGUUGGCGUUGAAGUGUCCGCUAUGUGCGCAAACAAAUUUUCCGAACAUUGACGCCCUACGUGUCAGUCUAAUAAAGGCCGCCAACGGACCGCUGGUCUGCCCGAUUUGUCAUGAGCUGUUUUUGGGUUUGGACAAGUUGACCAUUCACCUGUUUAGUCACACCACCGACAUGAUGACCGGAUCAACUGAAGCAGCAACUGCAGCAGCAGCUGCCGAAGCGAAAGAUACUAAUCGUCCAUGUACAAGUCAAACAGUGAAAAAGACAGCAACGGUAAAGCCAGAGGUUAAAUUAGAAACGGAAGAUGUGGCGAUCUCUUCACCAGCGGCAACGAAACGAAUAAAUAGGGGGAAAAACGCUAAAAAGUCGCGACAAAUCGUCGUAGAUAUGCCAAAAAUAGUGGAAAUGGCAAAUGUCAGUGCUUCAUGUAAUACACAAAUUGCUGAGGGUAACAAUGACAAAACCAGCAAUGCACCAGCGGUCACCCUUUCCCAAUGUGAUAUUUGCGAAUUUACCUUUCGUGAUGAGCAACUGCGUGAUAUGCACUUUCGCCUAGUCCAUCAGAAUGUCAGUCAUACCAGCAACGAUCUCACAACGAAUCCCACCACCGCUUCCGCUUCAGAACCCGAUUUCAAAUGCCAUCUUUGUUCGAAAACAUUCAAAAUGAAGGGUUCACUACGUGUACAUUUAAAAGUGGUCCACCUAAUGUGUUUGCCCUACACGGGCAACAGUCCCAAGCUGAACAUAUGUGAUCGCAUACGACACAAAGAAACCAAGGUUGGGACCACUGCCAGCAAGGGUAUGCCUAGUAUAGCGCAGCCUACGCCAUUGAAGGGGGAAAAUAGUGGCACACAAAUAUUGCAGCCGCCAUCUGCCGCACAACCGUCAUUGCAGCAACAUCAAAUAACAUUGGCCGCGAAUACAACUCAAGUGCCGGCACAAGUACCUAAUGGAUUCACGUUUGGCACAUUGACGUUGUUACCGGCGCCGACGACUGUUACGGCUAAUGCAACGGGUAGUUUGUUAAAUUUGAAUAGUAACGGCGAUUUUGUGCAUACUGUGGAUGGGGCGCCGUUGAAUUCAAAUGUUCUAUUAGUAAUCAAUACAAAUCCAACUGUUGGACAAGGAUCAGAGACAGUGACUGCAGCUCCUAGUGGUACGACUGUGGAGUUGCAAAGUAAAAGCACAGUCGAAAGUGCAAAAAUGUGGAAGUGUAAUGAAUGCGCGAAAACCUUUACUACAAAAUAUUUUCUGAAAAAGCACAAGCGUUUGCAUACGGGCGAGAUGCCUUACACUUGUGUGAUUUGUGCGCGCACCUUUACCUUCCAGCAAUCGUAUCACAAGCACUUGCUCUAUCAUAGCAAUGAAAAACCACAUGUGUGUUCAACUUGUGGCCGAGCUUUCAAGGAGCUUUCGACUCUACACAAUCACGAACGAAUACAUAGCGGAGAAAAACCGUUCAAGUGUGAAGUGUGUGGCAAAUGUUUUCGACAACGGGUUUCUUUUCUGGUACAUACGCGCAUCCACACCGGCAUCAUGCCCUACAAAUGUGAUGUGUGUCAAAAGAGCUUUCGCUAUAAGGUCUCACAGCGAACGCACAAAUGUCAGCCACUACCGAGUUUUCCAGAUGAAGCUGAAAGUCGUACGCCUGAAAAUGAAAUUGGAAAUAGCACGAAUAACCAUACACUUGACCAUACUGCCGAUGAUAUAUCGGAAUGUUUCAUCAAAGAAUUUCUAGAGAAUACGAAAGCGCAUAUAAAUGAGGCUCACAAUUCCCCGGCCAGCGCUGAGAUUUCAGCUAUCACUGGCAAUGUCGACGAGGCGCUGCUCACCAAAGCUAUUGAUGAUAUAGUUGUGGAAUCUUGUAAUAAAAUGGGUAUUGGUAAUCAUCACGUUGGCAGUCAACACUUGUCGCCAACAAAUUUGCCUCGCACCGGGGAGUCAUCGAUAGCCUGCAGUGAUGAUUGCCAUUCUCCAACACAGAAACUCCAAAAUAUGCGAUUGUAUUCUCCACAGCUGCCGGUGACGGGUCUGAGCAACGGCGACAGUGAUAGCGCAGAUAAUAUAUUUCCUAGAUUUCUCCUAGACGAUGUGGGAAACAGUAUGCUGUGAACGCGGGAAAUGUGUGCCAAAAAAGGGCCCACUUUUUCCUUUCCAAGCUCCUAUUUUUUAACUCAAUUCUGAUAUAUGCGCUAAGAGGUACUGUCAAUA